CGUUAUCAAGUUAAACAGAUUGUAUAUGCGUUGGACACUUUGCCAGUAAUUCCCGGUCAUUAUAAGAAAACAGCCAAUCAGAGUGCAUGUACUAUUGUAGCCAUAGAACAAUCGGCCAUAAUAUUUCUGACAUGAUUUAAUAACUUUAGCAGUUUUAAGCUGCUAAAUUAAUUAAAUUAUGUUAGUAAUAUUAUACUGGUCCUCUUGAUGCGUCAUAAGAAGACAACAGGUGUUGUAAUCACUGAAAGCAUCUCGGUAAUUAACAGUUCAAGCUGUUUGUUAUUUCAGGUGUGGUUUUUUUUUCUUUCAAAGAAAGGCUCUCCUGAACUUAUUUUCUUUUGCUGACCAAAGUAAUAAUAAGAUUUCUGACAUAAUUUAAUAACUUUAACAGUUUUAACCUGUUAAACUAAUUAAAUUAUGUUAGUUAUAUUAUGCUGGUCCUCUUGCUGCCUCAUGAGAAGACAACAGGUGUUGUAAUCACUGAAAGCAUCUCGUUAAUUAACAGUUCAAACUGUUUUUUAACUCAAGUGUAGUUUUUUUCUUUUAAAGAAAGGCUAUGCUGAACUUAUUUACUUUCGCCUGACCAAGGCAAUAAUAAUAUUACUGACAUGAUUUAAUAACUUUAACAGUUUUAAGCUGUUAAACUGAUUAAAUUAUGUUAGUUAUAUUAUGCUGGUCCUCUUGCUGCCUCAUGAGAAGACAACAGGUGUUGUAAUCACUGAAAGCAUCUCGUUAAUUAACAGUUCAAACUGUUUUUUAACUCAAGUGUAGUUUUUUUCUUUUAAAGAAAGGCUAUGCUGAACUUAUUUACUUUCGCCUGACCAAGGCAAUAAUAAUAUUACUGACAUGAUUUAAUAAUUUUAACAGUUUUAAGCUAAUAAAAUUAUUAAAUUAUGUUAGUAAUUUUAUACUGGUCCUCUUGAUACCUAUCCUGAACUUAUUUUCUUUCGCCUGACCAAAGUUUCACUACCAAGCUUUGUUUAUAAGCAAAAUUCUUUUCAUUCCUUUGCGAUUCCGAGAGGUUACUUCAACGGACUAAAUUUCACUGUAAGGCUGCGUGCAAACGGACUCAACAUUGUUGACCAACAAUUCCCAACAUUGUUGGAUGUUACAUGUUGAGUCCGUUUGCACACCCUGUUGCAUGUUGUUGCGCAAAGUUUGAAACCGGUCAAACUUUUAGCCCCAUGCAAACGGACGCAACAACCGCCCGUUUGCACGUAGCCCAAGAGUGCUAAUGUGAGUAAUUUAAUUGUUCAUCAUUACUAGAAUGCAGUCAGCGAUGAUGAUGACCGCCUCUUUUGAAGCUCAGUAGUUCUGUGUCAAUCUUGUUGAUGGGCCAUAAUUAGUUUUACUAUACUGUGCCCUUCUCGACUCUUAAUUUCUUUGCUAACCUAAUAAUUAUACAUGUAGUUUUUUUGUCUAAACACCUUGUAUUAAUUUUUGUACCACUGAUGCACUAUUUUUUUUAAUAGAAUGGGGUAAAUAGAAAUAAAAGUACAAAUAGAAAUGUUUAACCAGGAUGAUAACCGGCUAAUGUUAGUUCCAUAUUGUAAUUUUGUAUGAGUGUUUUCAGUGUACACAUGUUCUUCUUUUUUAUCAAGUUUCCCACAGACCUUGGACGGAUCGCAGUGUAAAAAGCUCCAAGAGAUAGUGCUUAACAUAAUGUCAGGUGAUCUACCCACUUACGUGGCAUCCUUUGGUAACUCCGAUGUGAACAGUGUGGGUGAUUGGGUCAAAAUUCUUAAUUCAAAACCAGCAAAUGAGGUAAAUAAA